UAACUAUUUAGCGCGUAAAUAUUAGGUGUGAUACUGUUGUCAUUUCCUUAUCCGGUCUCUUGUAAAGUCGUCAUCAUGAAGAUUGAAGUUUGCAGUUUCAGUGGUUAUAAAAUAUAUCCUGGUCAUGGGAAGCGCAUGGUUAAAGCCGAUGGCAAGGUUCUGCAGUUCCUUAACUCAAAAUGUGAGCGGUCCUUUAAAAUGAAACGUAACCCUCGAAAAAUAAACUGGACUGUCUUGUAUCGGCGAAAGCAUAAAAAAGGUCAGACUGAAGAGGUUGCAAAGAAGAGAACUCGGAGGACGGCCAAGUUUCAGAGGGCCAUUGCUGGAACCACUCUCAGCGAUAUUUUGGCCAAGCGUAAUCAGAAGCCUGAAGUAAGAAAAGCUCAACGGGAACAGGCCAUAAGGGCUGCUAAAGAAAAACAAAGAGCUAAGGAAGCGCUGAAGAGGAGUGUCAAAACCCCUGCAAAGCCUGCUUCAAAGACAUUGAAUCCAAAAACAAAAGCAGCUAAGUCAAUUCCUGUUAAAGCUCCAAGAGUUGGAGGCAAACGUUAAAGAAUCUGGUUAUGUAUGAAUAAAAUGAUUUCAAUCUUA